AUGCCUGAAGAACAGUCUCUCACAAGUGCAAGCCUUGAACGGCUGUUAGACGUAAUGGAGGAUUAUAACUUACAAGAAAAUAAUUAUCAGAGCAUUCAAAUAGCUUUGGAUUCAACAGAAUACGUGUCUAUACAAACAAUUAAAAAGUUAUUAUUAAUAUGCGUUUGUGAUCUUAAAGAAGACGUAAACUCAACUUUAAAUGGCCUUAAUAUUUUACGGACGCUUCUCAUGAAAAUUAAGGUAACACCAUGUGUACCUCUGCCAGAUUUUUUGCCUUCAGCUAUUAUGGUUCUAAGAAUGUUAAAAACCACAGCAUUGUUCAACAAAGUGGAAACACUCAAGAUGUUGUGUUUCGAGAUUAUGUCUCUGUAUCCUGAUGAAACACUCAUAGCAUUAGUUGUAGAACAGUCUCAUGAACUGAUGGAACUUAUUAAUUUGUAUUGCCAUCAAAGGAUACCACCAGAAAUUAGAAUACAGCCUCUAUGUUUGGUUACAACAUUACUGAAGAUAUUGCCACCAGAUAAGAAGACAACUUUUGUCAAAGAAGGUCUAAAUAUUUGGUUCUCAAAGAUUGUACCUACAGUAAUGCUAUGUCCCACAAAUAAAAGUGUUCUUGAGACAUUGGAAUUAUUAACAGAAGAAAUUGUUAAAUUUGAGUACAUGGACAAUCAACACUGGAAAAAUAUCUUAACAUGUAUCUACACACCACAAAAGUAUCCAGCAAUUAUGAAAUCGUUACUAGAACAAGGAAAUGAAGCUUGGCAUAGAUUGUGGAUAGUUUUUAUAAAACUAUUGAAAAGUCAAAUAACCAAAAACACAAGUACUGUCGGGAGUCCUAUCAAUUCAAUGCUUCCAGUCGUUGAGACAGCUUUUAAAAUGGAUGUACAGAAUAGAUGCAGAGCUUUUAAAUGUUGGAAUGUCUUAAUUGACAAUUUCUCAUCAGAAACAAAUGAAGUUUAUAUAAAUAAAAGGAUAAAACUACUCAUUAUACCACUCCUAUCAAAUAAUGCCAAAGUAGAAGAAACAGCUUUAGCUAAACUGAAAACUUGGUGGCAUUUGAUAAAGUGCUUCCAUUCAAAUAUGAAUAAUUUUUCUGAAACUAUAUUGAUACCAUUCUUACAUUUCUGCUUUGGGAAACCAGUAUCAGAUAAACCAGUCAUUAUACCUGGUAUGAUAUCAAAUGUUACAAAGACUGAAUGUGUUAAAGUUUUUAUUAAUAUAGUUGGUCAUGACAGUUGUAAUGCUUGUGGGGAAUAUCCAAAAUUAAGAGAAAAAAUUAUAAACGCUAAAGUGAUUGUUAGCCAUCGCAGCAUUUGGAUACAUUCUCUAACCUCUGCUUUAAAGAUUUGUAUUGAAAAUGAUUUUAAAGAGGAACAUAUUGAAUGUGUUUGGAAAUCAUCUAUUAUGACAAUUGGUGAAAUCUCAGAGGAUAAUGUUAGAAGAGACAUCUUCAAUGAAGUGCUGGCAAUCUUAGAAAAAUUACCGAGGGAUGGUAAUAAAAGAGAUGCUGAAAUCAUUAAUAAUGCUUUAAUUCCAAUAUUGUUUGAAAAUCAUGAUAAAAUCAGACCUUUAUUAAAAAUUGAAAAUGAUGAAGACUCUCCUGUUAAUAAAAUCAUUGCUACAUUAUUGAAGCUUUCACUAUCAAUAUCAGAUCCCGGACUUAAUGUAGCUAAAUUGAGAAAUAUGAUGGAUUAUCUUGUAGAUGAUGCAUUCAAAACAUCAAGUCACACAAUUGAAUGCUUGUUAAAGGACUGUUCAUCAAAUAAUGUCUCAGUAUGGAUUGCUUUGUCACAAUCAAUUUGUGAACAAAAAUACAGUUCGUGUUCAAGGAUGCUAUGUAAAUUGCUUCUUUGGCCAUUUCAAUAUUUAGAAAUGUUUGUAAAGGAUAUGUCGGUAAUCAUUAGUAAUUUGAAGAAAAUUUUGGAAUCUUUGGACAUAAUGUUUGAAAUGGAAAAAUAUAGUGAUCUCAAAUCAUUACUUGUAGAUGAUUUAAAAAAUAUAGCACAUAUUAUCAAAAACGAAGAUAAAUUAAAUAAAAUUACUGACGUAAUUCAUAAGUCUUCAAACAAAAAUAAUAAGUUUAGUGAACUAGUAAAAACUUUUGAAAAUGAUGAUCCAAAAAAUAUAGAAAGUAAUAAAUUACGUUCAAAGGAGAAACCUGCUACGUCGAGUAAUAAAGUAUCAAAUAAAAAUAAAAAGAAAGAAACGAGUAUUGUGAAUACAGUUGUUGAAAAUGGGGAAGAAUUUGUAGUAGUCAAAUCAAAUUGGAAGUUCAAUCCGCGUAAAUUGACAGACAAUCAGAAAGAAAAAUUACAAAGAAAGAGAGAAGAUAUUCCGGCUUUAUACCAAGAUUUGUCGCAAUCUCAAGAUGAUUUCAAACUAACUGCCUGGAAAAGCGAUUCAAUGGAUACUUCUACCGGUAGUAAGUCAGCUAGUGUACAAGGUAAUGAGGACGCAAAAACCAUACUUAAAAAUAUACCAAACAAUGAAUUCGUACCAAAAAUGUUAGAAAAUAUAGUUGAUAAGGAAAAGGAUUCAAACACUAAAGUCGACAGUGAAAAUGAUUCCGUUAAAUUAAACACUAACGAUAAAAUAACUAAAACCACAAAUAAAGUCGCAAAAUCGCCGCGCAUGGCCUUAAAAGAUCGUGUUUUUCGUAACGUUCGCAAUUUAAUGGAAAAAUCGAACGUAUCCGAGAACGAAAAUACUUCGAAUAUAAUGGGAAAUGUUUCAAAAACACCAUCAGUGACGAAAACAAAGCCUACGACCAAUCUUAUUAACUCUGCGCCGUCACAUAUCAAUGCUGAUAGACCAACACGCGUUAAAAGAAUACCUAGGAAGUUUGAUGAUCUACAAAUAUUUUCUUUAAAGAAAAAACGUUACUCUGCUGGCCUUAGUGAUUCCCCAUCUGAUGGUGAAAUAACAGAUAGUCCAGUAGAAGACGUUAAUGCUGCUACAGAUUCUAAAGAUAAUAUCGUCAAAGAUCAUACUGAUCCUAAAGAUAAUGACGGGAAAAAUAUUGAUGAAGACUCACCAGACAAACAAAGUUCUAAGAAAAUAAAAACCGUUGAGCACAAGGAUGAUGGCUGUGAUGGUGAUAAAAAAAUUGGAAAAGAAGAAGCUGUUGAGAUUACAGAAACUAUUCAAGAGAAUAAAAAUAUUGAAGAGAGCCAAAAAAGUGACGUCGCAAAACCGGCAAAGGAAAUAGAAGAAACUCCAUCUCAGUCUCAGGAUACUGGUCUUAGCACACCCAAAGCUGAAAAAAAUAAAGCAACCGAUGCCCCUAAGUCAUCAAAUAAAAAAUCAACUAAAAAGUCUAGAAUUGAGAAGGAAUUAGCUAUAGACAUGGUUGAAGGUCAUCCAUUCUUACAGGUGCAGUCAGAGAAGAGAUUGACUAGGAAAGCCAUUUUAAAUACACCUUGCACCAGAAAGAACACGUCAUUAAAAUCGAAUAAAAAUAAAUCAGAACCCAAAAGUGCAAAAAAAGAGAAGAAAGCUAAAGAUCUAAACGUUUCCUUAAAACAAACUCAAAAUGAAGUUGACAUUGUUGAAACUCAGGAUGUUAUAGAAAGCUCUCAGGAAUCUACUGUGUCUACUGUAUCUGUUAAGCCAGCAAAGGGUAUUACAAAUAAAUUGCCUAUUGUGGUACUAGAAAACCACUCAUUUGAGGACAAACAGUCACAAAAUAUACUGUCAGACACUAAUUGUGACGUCCCUACUGAUAUCACAGUGGAUAUCGAGUUGCCUCUUAAUAAAACAAAAGAAAGCCUUGUUAUAGAUUUAACAGAAAAUAUGGACACAGAAUCCUUUGAAAAAUCUACUGAUGACGUCAUUACUAUUAAUGACGAAGAUGAAUCAAUUAUAGGAGAAAAUAAUAAAAAUGAAACUGUAAUUCAAGAAACACAGAUAACGGCGGAAGCUGACACGGAAUCGCUGGACUCAAAUGUAUUUAGGGGUUUUAAUGACAAAGAAACAUUACCAAAAACAGGCGAAAAUCUAUCAGAAAGCAAUAAAAGUGCAAGUAAUGAAGAUUUAGAUAUUGAUGUCACAAACGCAUCGACUGUUGCAACUCCUGAGGAAGUAACCAAAACUAUUACCGAUUCUAUGUUAGCGGAAGUUCAAACUGACGAGGCUUGCUCUUCGUUCAAGGACGAAGAACAAAGAAAAAAGGAUUUCCUCAACAACACACUUGAAAUAUCUCCCAUAAAAACUCUAAGUCCAUGUAGAGAUAAGAAAUCGCCAUCACCGGAAACAAGUAGUGAUUACGUUGUUGUUAAACUGUCUUCGCCGGUGAACAUAGAUGGUGAACCGUUCAGUAAAUGCGAAUCGCCGGAGAUCUUCACAGAGGAUAAAGAAUCUUUGGAAGCCAGAGAUCUUUCACCGCCAAGAGAAGAAAUUAAUGUCACAAAUUCGAGUCCGAGAUCAUCUCUGUCAUUGAAGAAAAAUAAACCGCAAGUGCGUCAAGGAGGUCGGGGAGCACAGAUGCUUGGUUUAUGUGUCCCAGAUAGAAUACAAACUAUCAUUUCUUCUGAAAAACCUUCAGAUAUUGAAGAUACAAAAAAGAGUCCAUCAAUGAAUACAUCAGCGAGACGCAAUCUGAGGAUACUAUAUAACAGUGCCAAUGGAGAUAACAACGAUGGGUCCGAAACAGACAAAGAUAGUGAAGAGAGUACCACGUUUUUGAAAUUUGAAAGAUCUUUGCCACCUGUAGACUGCAGCCCGUCCGUUCCCAUUUUAAAGAGAAAAUUGGCUGAAAUAACUGACGAAGCCACCGCCUCGCCUGCCAGCAAAAGAAAAAGAGUAAGUUUUCACGAUCCCCCUGUAUCUACGACUAUAUGCGUCAAAAAGUACAUAGAACCGUGUGGAGUACGGUCACCUCAGAAUUCUGCUAUCAAAAGGCAGGAGAGACAGUUGCGGUCCCAGUUGCCAACAAGAUCACCAAAGAGGCUCGAUAAUGUAUUUAAGCUAGAUUCUGUUCUGACUAAAACUAUAGAAAGCUUCAAUAUUGAGUUAUCUGUAGAUACUGAAGUGAGUUGUUCCCCAGACGAAACUCCAGUAUUGGAAGUUAUUAAAACCAGUGAUUUAAAUGAUAUGGAUCCAAUUUGUUUGGAACUAGCUACUUGCGAAGACCCCAUCACUAAUAUUGCCGAAGAAUUAUCAUCAGCAACGAAAACUUCACUGAUGAAAGAGUUUGAAGGAAAAGUUGUUAAAAUUGGGGACCUCGCAAGAAUGACUGAAUUGGAAAUAAACAGAUUUUCUAUAAAAGAACCCAAAGUUGAAUCCGUCAAAGAAGUAUUAAACAAUUAUGUUGUCAAUAAUGAAAAGGUAAAUGAUAAUGAAACUACAAAAACUAUUCCCACAAAUGAGUCUAUAGCGUCUGAUAUUUCAUUUAAUUCCACGGAAAUGCAAACAAAUGAAGUGACGUUUGAAAAUAACGAAAUGCAAACAGACAAACAAGAAUUCAGUUUGAAUUUUACACAAACCGAUAACAUAGAGACAAAUCAUUGUAGUUCACAAACAAAUGAAACAGGUUUUAGGACAACCGCAGAUAUUAUAACAAAUUGUUUGGCAGAAAGAAACGAUUUUGUUGAUAACAUCUGUGAGAAUUUGGACGAAACUGCUAAACAGAAGAUAGCUGAAAAUUUGUCAUUCAACGCUCUCAGUGACGUGAUCAUGAAGAAAGUUAAUUCAUCCAACUGCAAUGACUUCCUCAACAGGAUAAUUGAAGACCAGAGCCUGCAUAGCUCUACCAACGGUAGCGGCAGUGACAAGAAACUCUCUGUGGUACAAGAUUAUCUGUGCAAAUUCUUUGAGUCUAAAGAUUUGAUACUAUUUUGUAGUGAUUUGUUAAGAAAGGUACAUGAUAAACCUUUAUAG